CAUUCUGCAGGGGGAUGGCUCGCACGCAUCUACAUGGAAGAAUUCGAGUUGUCUCAUAUCUCUCUACUGCUCACUCUUGGAUCCCCUCACAUGCCACCUCCGGCGGGCUUGCCAGGAGUCAUCGAUCAAACCAGAGGCCUACUGGAUUAUGUUGAAAAAAAUUGUGCACCGGCUGUUUAUACGCCACAACGAAAAUAUGUAUGUAUUGCUGGAAGGUAUAUCCACGGAGCUACUUUAGCUGGCAAUUCUGAUGUUACUUCUGGCAUGACCCCUACCAUCGAUAAGGACCAGGGCAUGGCUGAAUCAGUUCCAAAUGUUAACAACAAUAAAUCCAUCUCGCUUACCCCAACCUUGCGUGCCUACUUCAUUGGUCAGGGCUACAAACAGCUCUGCGGGCAAGCAGAUGUGUGGGGUGAUGGUGUGGUUCCUGAAAUGUCAGCGCAUCUAGAGGGUGCACUAAACAUGAGCUUGGAUGGUGUUUGUCACUCUCCAAUUGGUUCAGAUGAUAGAAUGAGGCCUUGGUAUGGCUCCCCAUCUGUGUUGGAAAAAUGGGUCCAUCACCUUCUGAAUCCAUAAUUACCUACUUAAACAUAAAAAGUGGAAAGCUGAAAUCAGCAAUUUCAUGAUCUGGUGGUCUGUUAUUUUAGAUGGCUGAAUAUAUUUGCUGAUGAUUGUAAAGUCAUUGGAUAGCAUAGUUUCUGCCCUUACCAUGCA